GUUGAUUAUACGGUACGCGAAAUGCAAUUAUCGGAAAGCGAUGCCGUCAUACAAAUGCUAAGAGCCGGCGGUUUUAAACACGGCUUAAGACACGGACCGAAAAUAUUUCGUACGAUAUUUCCGAGCGGAGUAUUAGUGGCCAUCGAUCGGAGCACUGAAAAAAUUAUCGGAUUUUGUCUCGGAGUCAACAUAGCCUCCGAUUUAGGAUUUGUUGGCGGCUAUUGUGUACUACCUGAGCAUAGAGGAAAAGGUGUCGGACAAUCACUGUGGGCCUCAGCUAUGGCUAAUAUGGGAGAUAGAAAUGUAGGCCUGUUUGCUGUCAGCGAUACAAUGGGAGAUAUAUAUAAAAUAAGAUGUGGAUUCAAGUUUAUACCCGAUCGACGAGUAGUCAAUAUGGCGGGCAAUGUUGAGGUCAACGAUAAUGUCGUCAAAAGCAUUGAUGGCAUAACUUUGUGUCCAAUCAAUGAUGAAUUGUUACCACUUGUAUCAAAGUAUGAUAGCAUAGUUACAAACGGUUUGGACAGAAAGGACUAUAUUAAUGAAGUUAUCAAAAGUCCUGAUACUUGGAAUCUAGUGGCCAUUAAUGAGAACCAGGAGGUCGUGGGUUAUUGUAUUGUUUAUGUUGCUAUCGCUGAAAUAACAAUGUGUGGACCACUUUAUGCCGACAAUGAAGAUAUCGCAGAGUUAUUGUUCAGUCAAUGCUGUCUUCUGUUACCACAAGAACGGAGAGAAAACUUUCUGUACUAUACGUGGAAUACAAACCAAAAAUCAAUUACUAUUGCAAAGAGAUUGGGACUCACCUAUCAAUUGGAUAGACCGGCGCUAUUCAACAAACAGUCUAUUAAUGCACAGAUAGACAAACAAUUUUGUAUAUGCAAUGUAUAUGUCUAUCCAUUUUAGAUUUUUUUUAUUCGA